AUGAGUGAUUCGGGUACGGAGUUUCCGCUGCAAGAAGGGACGAAUUUCUUAGAUUUAGAACGAAUGCUGGGUGCGGCGCCAAGAAGCCAAAAAAUUUUCGAAGAUGUCAUGAAAGCUGUUUCCAAGAAAAAUGACAUCUCCCCUGAAGCAUUGACAAAACUGGAACAAACUGCUAAGAAGGAAGAUGAAAUGGCAGUUUUGCCGGAAGCAAUCCAACUCGCGAGUGGGCCUAGAAUCCAAUCUGUAUAUGGAUCCCCAUUCCCAAGUCAUCUCUUUAAACUGAAGACUGUGUUUGUUUGUGACUACUGUAUGCAGUUUUUUGAUGGCCAGCAUUCACUUUCUAGACAUCGGACGAAGGGAUGUCUGAAAGGACCGCCUGGUGUCGAGAUAUACAGAAAAGAGCACAUUUCCAUCUUCCAGGUCAAUGGACACUUGGAAAAAAACUACUGUCAUAACGUUUGCCUCGUCUCUCGUUUGUUUUUGAACAGCAAGACUAUUAUCCACCAAACAGAGCAUUUCAUGUUCUAUGUUUUGACAGUUUGUGAUGAACAUGGAUACAAAUUUGCAGGAUAUUUCAGCAAAGAAAUGUACUGGCCACACUCUUUCACUAUGCUUUGUCUGAUGGUGUUGCCCAGUUAUAGAUCCCAAGGACUUGGAAGAAUUCUGAUUGCACUCAGUUAUGCCAUGGCUCGUCGCGAAGGUAAACUGAAUAGUCCAGAAACCCCUUUGUCAGCAGAUGGCAAAUUUGCUCAUGAGCAGUAUUGGAUGUGGGCAAUCUGUAACUACCUUCAUGAAAAAUCGGUUUUUGAAAAGGUUCACACUCAUGGAAUAAGUCUUGCAGAGAUAUCAAUAGCCACAGGUAUCAACUGUCAUGAUGUGUUGAGAAUGGUAGGAGAGGCAGGGUGGUUGGAUUUGAGUGACCCACCAAAUGAGAAAGGAGUGCAUAUUCCAAAAUUAAAUUUCAACUGGGACUUCAUCUCCGAGACAGUUAAUAAGGAACACCUCAAGUGUCGCACGGGAAAACCACAAUUCGAUGAAAGUUGCUUACAUUGGCAGGAACAGAAAAUCACUCCUGAAAUGAAUGGAUUUGACAACUACGAAGGAAAGGGUCAAGACAUUGGAGACAUUGAAACGGAACACGAUCCAUCUGUCCCUUCAGCAAGUGGUCCAGUAGAACUGCAAGGCAAAACUAAAGAAGACAAAGCAGAAGAUUCGCCGCUAGCGAUAGCAAAGAAAUUUGCUAAAGUUGUCAAGAAAAACAAGAAGAAAUCAAAAACCUCAAAGCGUAAUAUGUAA